AUAUGCAAAGGUCGUGCUCCGCGUACUUCAAAGUUACAAAAACCAAGGCCAUUGAAAAGAGAAACCUUAAAUGGUACACAAAACGGGAAUAUUUUCUGUGGUGGAUUCUACCUCCUAAGCCCUACUGAUCCAGAUGUUGAUUUGAAUAAUCAUAUACCAUCGACGUCCACCAAUGGUAAACUAUGUGAGAGAAAAAUUAUUCUUCAAAAUGUUCUGCAGAACAAGGCAAAUUUUGUGAUCCAAAGGAGUCUGUCUCAUGAGCCCCUAAGUGAGAGCAGUUCAUCAGUAUUGAAGUGUAAUGGGCCCAGAUCAGCUGGUUGUGUCAAUAGUUCCAGAUCUGUUUUCUUUGGAGAUGUAAAAGAAAAUAAAUACCAUUCUUUGACAGAUGUUCUUCAUUUGAUGAAUGAUAUUUUGCCCGAAAUUUCUUCCCAAGAAAAACUGAAAUGCAAAUUGUCACGACAGAAGCUUCUUCAUUUGUCGACUUCCCCUUCAUCUCAGAAACCUCCCAAAGAUUGGAUGCAGUUACGACUAGAGUUUCCUGAUUUAUUUAAUUUAGAGAAUUUAACAUAUGUGGACCCUACAGAGCAAGAAUAUUGGCUUGAGCAAUUGGAAUCUAGAAAGUGUGUUAGUCUUUUUGUUUCUUCUUCCAAUCGGAGACAGCGGUCCCGGUGUAGCUCAGAAGUCAGUGACUAAAUCAAUCAAACUGAGCAGACUUACAAGUUGGAACUCUGAGAAAGAAUACUUUGAAACAAAAAAACAAUGAAAAAAUACCACAAAAAAAAAAAGACAAAAAGCUAGAAACUUAAUCCAGAGAGCAAUUUUUGUGAUCAAAAAAAAAAAAAAACUUUAGUUCUUAACUCUGUGAUUUCAUUCUCUCUUCUUACAUCAUUCCAUUUCUCCAGUUCCCCCUACCCCCCCUAAAUUUUUUUUUUCCAUAGCAUAUUUAUUUGCUUUGUUUAAUGAUUGUCCUUUUGGUUUGUGCAGUCUUUCAGGACAUUCAACAAAUGUGCCAAAACAUUGGAAACUUGAAUUCCAGAGAAACAACAAAAAAAAAGAAAAAGUUAUCAGAUUUCAAAUUAUUUUUAACUAAUUUGAAUGAGUUUUUUUCUUUUCUUCCUUUGCAUUUUCUUUUUUAUUUUACUUUUCGAUUAUUUUUAAUAUUUUUUUUUUUUAUCCUUUCCUGUUUUUUCAGUAAAAGACCUGUGAUAAAUAUUUUAGAACUGAAUGAGAAAUUCUUUCUUAUGAGAAGAUACAAGAAAACUCUCAAAUGUUUAAUAAUUGGAUGUGGAAAUCUUUUUUCAAUUAUUAUUGCUGAGAAGAAACCUUUGAGGAAAUGAAACCAACCCAAAGUCAACCUCUGUUCCUUGUUGUUUCAUCCAUUUUAUUGGUUCUAAAUUGGUUCGUUUCAACUGUGAAACCUUAAAUUAAUCUUAAGUUGCAGUUUUUAUUUAUUACUUCAUGUGAUGUUUAACCAUUCUUUGGUGUUAGUUCUUUCUUUCUAGGAUUUGUCAUGGAAUACAUUGGAAUACAUCAAAAUAUUUUUAUUAAUUGUUUUUGCUUUUUGGUAAUAUUUUUUUUUUUUUUUUUAAAUUCCAUUUCAUGUAUUUUAAACCAAUUCCUUGAAGAGAUUUUCUGCUUUUUGUAUUAUUGAUGUUACCAGUACAAAUAAUUUAACAAGUUUAAGCUUCAAAUGGAGAAAAUAAACAACUGUUAUUUAUUUCUAUAUUUGCUGGGUUUGACUGCUGCAUUCUUGGAUUUAAGUUUAAGGAAAUUUUCAGCUUUAUGUUGUAAGGUUACACUAAGAGGAAAAAAAAAGUUUUUUUAUUUUAAUCUCUUAACAGCUGUUUUAUUGAGAUUUUAAUCAAAGUUAACAUUGUAAUCAGUAAGUCUCACUUGAAAUCCAACUCUCUGUUUCUACAUAUCUUAAAACCUUGCUAAAAGAUAUUAGUAUGAAAAAAGAAAAAAAAAAAAAUGUAAAUAUGUGUUUGUAUGAAACUUCAAGGUCAGUUCGAAAAUAGGUUAAAAUCUGGAAUCUAAAGAAACUUGGUGAUGGUCUCCAUUGGCAAUAAUUCAUAAGAGAAUGUGUGAAAGAGUUCUUUGAUAAUUUAGGUGAAGAAAUAUAAUGUUUUUGGCUGCUUGCACUUUGAUCUGAGAGCAAGGAUGAUUGUUUUGUUGUUUUGGUUGCACACCAAUGUGCAGCAUUGUUAGCUUGCAACUAAAGAACAACUCUUUCAAGGCUUUUUUUUUUUUUGUCUUUUAAUCUUCUCUGUUCUCUGAUGAAGAGCAACAGCCUGAAACAUGAAAUUAUUUAAUUCAACUGAACUUAUCAACCUCUUGUACAAAGUCUUCCAUUUAGAGAAUAGAUUGGUAUUGUGCUUGUUGUUUUAUAGUUUGGUAAAUAAAUCCCGGAAGCAUGAAUAUUCUAACUUUACCCCCCCGCCC